AGUUGAAUUUUGAAUUUCAGUGUCAAACUUGUCUUCAUCUAUGGUGUCAAAUCUAAAAUGGCAUUCGCUUGACAUAUGUCACAUUUUAUGCAUUUUGUUUACAAAAUGGCCUCUAUGGUAAAUAAUCAUUGUCAGACUUUUGAGCAAAUUUAGUGCGAAACCCAAAAAUUUGAACCGCAAUUUUAAUAUAGCAAGUUAAAGUUGCUAAAAAUGCCAAAAAAAGCUUGUUGCGUGGUACCGCAUUGUCGAAAUUCGUCGGAAAAGACGGCCAGUUUGGGUGUUACAUAUCAAAAGUUUCCUACAAAAGACAAAACACGUCGGCGAUGGGUUCGGGCCACUCAAGCGUCGUUUCCCGAAUUUACUUUCGAUGAUUCUACUACACAGCGAAUGUGCAGUGAGCAUUUUGAAGACAACUGUUUUAUGAUUAACAAGAAUGGGAAAGAAGUGCUCAAGUUAGAUGCGGUUCCAACGAUUUUUAAUAAUCCUGUGAAAAAGGAAAAAGAUGUUGGGACAGUUAGGCCUAGACAUCAGUCGAGAAGAGCCGCGAGCAAAGAAGCUCUCAAACAAAUGCAAAUAUUAUUAGAAGAUGAAGAUGAUGCCGUCGAAAUUCCAGAUGACGACUACGUCUACAAAGGAGAAGUGAAAGAGGAACCAGUGCCAGUUCCCGCUGUCGUUCCUCCUCCAAAAAAGAAAUACAAACUAAGCCAUCGAAAAUCAUCAGAUGGUAAUGGUACACCCAAAGCAACCCCACCCAACACUUUGAUCAAUUGCGAAUCACUUUUAGAUCGCGAAGUGUUGGUAUUGAAAAGCAUAACGCCAAGCAUCACCAAUCAUGAUGUCGAAAAUAAUCUGGAGCUGGAGUGUUGGGUAGAGGAACUGGAACCGUGUCAGAAGGAGCGCAACCAGAAGCUGGAGGAGGAAAAUAAGGCUUUACAAGAGAAAUUAGAUGAGCUUAUUAAAGGAUGUGACGGUGAAGUGAUUUAUACAGGAGAUCUUACUACUGUUAUUGAAGUGGCGGAACAUGUUCAGAAAACUAUUCAAGCUGUUCAAACAUCUCAGAAUAAACCUCCGAUUGUUUUGAAUAGCACUGUGGCAAAUUCACAACCAUACCAACUCGUGGUGGAUCCCCGUAUUGGUUUAAUUGUAGGCUCUGUCGCUUCUAAUAAUCAAACGUCCCCAAAACCUUCAAAAAUUCAGGUGACUACAAAUCUUCAAACCCCCGUUGUUACACCUGGAAGCCAGACAAUCGCAAACCGAAACCGAUUAACCAGGACGAAAAAACAAACGUCUGUCGUAAGUACAACAGUAACUACUCCGCCACCACUGACGCCUGUGGGCAGUAGAUCUGUUCUAAUCACAAAAUCCACCAAUAAGCGAAUCGCUUCUCAGUCCCCUGUGCAAGCCCCACCAGCAACCAGGUCCAGAGGAAAUGAUCAUCAACCAGCAAUAGCGCCUACCCCUCCAGUCACCAGAUCAAGGCCUGGCGCAAAUGCUCCAAACAACAGACCAUCCGAAUGCAAUGUUGAAGGCGGUUUGACUACAGGAUUGAAUGUGAAGUCGAAAGCAAUUGUAGAUCUUACUGCUGACGAUGGUCGACCAUUGCCCGAUAGUCGAGAGAUAUCAUUUAACAAACUCCAAGGGAAAACGUUUCCAUCUUUAGUAGUCGUUGCUCGACCCCACUUACGAGUAUCCGAUGUAAAUUCAGACCGAUCAAAGUUAGAUGCUAAAGUUAAGAGCGUUUUGUUGUAUCUGCCAUCAAAAUUUACAGAAUGGCUAAUUCAGCAAGGAUUGAUAAGAUCCGAACAGACAUGCACUGUGCAUUCUACAUCACAAUUAAAAUUAGGCAUGUACAGCGACGUAACUAAAUUUCCCUAUUCCGGUGGAUAUGUCUGGAUUUCUGAAUGUUGCCCUCAGAGAUUUAUUUCAGUGUUUAGUGGCUCGAUAUUCGAAGGAUCGCAACAUCCACCUCUAGUGAUUUUAAAAAUUAUUUACCAUUGGGCUUGCCAAACUAAUAUUCAGAAUGUAACUCAAUGGGUAAGAGUAGACAAUCUCUAUGUCAAAGGAAUGUAUACAUGGCUUCGAUCGGUGUGCACUCUCGGUUUGCAAACUCACAUUCGGAAAUUGGGAGGUCCACAAGUCAAAGUAGAAGUAGGUGUUAUCUCUCUUGGGACUACUUCCCAAGAUGGAAACUCACGGCAAGUAAAGGUUGAAGUGUUAGGUAUAUUGGAAUGCAACACAAAACUGAUCAGACUAAGAGCGAUUGAACCGUUGGCCGAUGGAGAAAGGAACUAUAAGAAACGUUUUGCAAAAAUCUUGGAGCCUUUAGAACACUGGGUCCAUCCCAGUAGUGUUAUUAUAACCGAUUUGACUGUGGACAAGGGAACUCUACUGCAGAUGGGCUUUGCAACUGUGAUGCAACCCGCUGUGAAUGAUUGUGUUAAUUCCAAUAAAUCAAUAAUGGAUUAUCUACGAAGGAUUGUGCCGAGAAUGUUCCAAAACACCCUUUCGUUGCUUUCAAGGCAAAUUAUCCAACAAUUUCUGGAUGAAUUAGUAUGGCGUGAGUGGUUUGGAACUACCUCAAUGCAGGCUUUCGAUAAUUUAAUAACACAUCUUGCGGAACAAACUCGCUUUGAAUCAUCUCAAAGCCUUGUCGUCCGAUUGCAUAAGGUAGCUGUAAAUCCUUUUAGACAAUGGGUGGUUCCCGUUGUUGGUGCUCAUGUAAUGGCACCAUCUCCUGCUGCAGUCGCUGUGCCCGCAAAACCUACAGAAAAUUUAACAAAAAAGCGAAAAAGAAAAGAUCCGGAACAGCCAUCCAAGCCGACUUCAACGACCAGUCUUGAGUUAAAUAGGCCGCCUAAAUCGACUUCUCCAGACGUCCCUGAACAGAUGAUCCCAUUGGAAAAUUAUUACUACGGCACAAUCGAUAAUUAUCCCCCGAAAACAAACGUUACUCUGAACAUGAAGUGUCCAUUCUGCAAAGAAGUUUUCAACAACAAUAUCAUUUUGAUGAAUCAUUUGUUCAAGCAUGCUCAUAAUGUUUCUAAGGACGGCCAAAUGUGCAGAUACUGUUUGACUAGUUUGUCUACCGCCAAUGAUUUACUGAAGCACAUAGCCACGUCUCAUCCAUCCGAUACGAAACAUGAUAAUGGUUUCAUUUGUUUGAUUUGCGAAACGCAAUACAUGAAUCCAUUCGUCUUAGGAAAGCACAUGUCUAAAGAGCAUUGCCCAUCCGAGUUACCAUAUCAAUGUGGAACAUGUGGUUACAGAUGUUCAAACCACAAACAAGCAAUUGAUCAUUUUCACAAACAGCAUGACAAUGGGCCCACUAUUCAGUGUCCGUUCUGUUUGAAAUCAACAACGGUAUUUUCUUCGUCGAGGAAUAUUGGCCAAAAUAUGCACUACUUCAUACAGCACUUGCAGAAACAUCAGAAAAAACAAUUUGCUAGAAGAUGUGGAAAAUGCAACUUGUGGUUCGUGCAGAAAGAGGUUUUGAAAGAACAUCAGUACAAUAUGCAUGCGUCCCAACGCGGGAAGAGUGGCUUAGUCCCAUGGGUGGCGCCUCGAAAUGGAGUAAUGGUUCCAAAGUCGAAAAUGGACAAGUACCCUUGUGACGGAGAGGGUAUAAAUUUUGGCACCUUAAUUUGUAACGUCUCAAAGGGCUUGAAGUGCAAGGAAUGUGAUGAUUUAAUGGACAGCUCUAAACAUUUUCCGUCGUUUGAGAGUUGCCAGCAUCCAAAUUGCCAAUAUUCAACUUGUUGCUCGAAAGCUAUGCAAAACCAUAAUGCGAAAUGUAGCAAAAACUCGCAACGGACAAUUUCACAGGAUAUAUUGCCAUACGAAAUGUUCUGCAUCUGUGGCUACAGUAGUUUAGAUGGAAAUCAAAUGGCAAAACAUCUAGCCACUUGUGAGAAAAAAUCUGCCUACCCUUCCCUAUCGGAUGCGAAAAGCGCGUCCGUUACUCAUAGUAUGCUGGACGUUCUUGGAUUGGUUCGAAAGCCUGAAGAAACUGAUAAAAAAGUUUCUGCUCCGAGAUCUGUUAAGCGAGCAAUGAGGAGGACUGAAGCCGGAAUAAUUGCUUUAGAUGAAGAUGAAUCUUCACGGGAUUCGGUCAAGUCCACUAGAGGCAGAAAAUCUAAAAAGCAGCUUAUUGAGGCAGCCAAAAAGACCGAAACCGAGGUUAUAGAUUUAAUAGACGAUAGUGGUGUUGCAGAAGAGGGUCCAUCUGAGUUAAAAUCGGGCGAUAAACCUACUGCAGAAGCGGCAGUGGAAAACGUUGACGAUAUUUUAGCUGUAGUUAAUGUUGGUGGAAAUAGCGAAAAAACUUGCAUCGACAAACCAAUUAUUUUAGAGGAUGAUAGUAAUGAUAGUUCGGUUACAACUGAAAAUGUAGGAAAUGAUGAGAGCGACGUAAAAUCCGGAACUCUGAUUUCUAAUGUAGCUGAAACGGAAGAUCAUCUGAAACCAUCAGAUUCAGAUGAACUUUUAUCGGGCAAAGAUCUUGCGGUAGAAUUGGUAAAGGAAAACCUAGUUAACGAUACCGAUCAGGACGAAAUGGUUGAGCUACCACCACCAGAAAAAGCAGAAGUUUUGAAUGCAAAUGCAAUUCCCGAGGCUGAAAGUUCGAAGGAAGAAAAUGACUCAAAAGAAGACUCGAAAGAUGCGCUCGAUAGUGAAGUAUCUGCAACAGUAGAUAAUUCCUUGUUACAUGACACCGGCAUUGUCCCACUUGGCGAAAACUCUUCUGAAAAUACUGAAUUGACCAGCAAAAACACUGAUGGUUUAUUAGUUUCUGAUUCACUAAAUGUGAAUCAGGAAGGCGAUACGCCAUUCGUAUGUUCAGAUAGUAGAGAAGAUGACGUUAGUGCUCUCAAGCUUGGCACGGAUGAUUCUUUGCAAAAUAUUGAAGACAAGUCUGACUCUUUGGACGUAAUUGAGAGUAUUACUGCAAUUGAAAAAUGUUUAGAAACCUCCUUAUUGCCUAGCCAAAAUGAUCUGAAAACAACAGAAGCAAUUGAACCAUUAUCCGACAUUGUAAAGCCAUCAGAGCAAACUCGACAAGCAGAUGAAAGUGAUCGUAUCGAAGAGAAUGAUGAUUCUCGAAUGGAGGUAGAAAGAAUUUCGGUACCGGAAGAACCAAGUUCCGAGGUUGAACCUAAUGUGGAGGAUUCUCAGGGAUCAAAAACUAUAUCGACUGCUGCAGAAUCUGGUACCGAUAAUACUGUUCAGCUGGCGGCAGUUAUUGCUGACCCUGUCACGGCAAUGGAGGUUGAUUGAGAAUUUUAAUUUUUUUUUAUUGUUAAAGCUGCGAUUAAAGCAACGUAAUGGAUGUGUAACAGGCAAAUAGAAAAGUUUAAAAUAAAAUAGUGCUUUAUAAUAA